UUGUAGGGAAGCUUUUCAUUCUGCACUAAAACCCUAAUAAAAAAAUAAAAAAAAACCCCCACUGGCAACACUACUAGCGAAGGGAAAAAUGGCCAUGCGUCCCCUCACAAACCCAAAUGAGUUUAUCUCAUCCUCUCCUAUCUACCACAAUGCAUUAUUGUCUCCCUCACCUUCUGUUUCUCUCAACCUGAGAAAAACAAUAAAUGCUCCGCAACGCCUCAGUCCUCGUUUGCGGUCGGUGAGAUGCUCCUUCUCGUAUGAAGAUAACGCGAAGAUUAAGGUUGUCGGCAUCGGUGGUGGUGGCAACAAUGCCGUUAAUCGCAUGAUCGGUAGUGGUUUACAGGGUGUAGACUUCUAUGCAAUAAAUACUGAUGCUCAAGCACUGUUGCAUUCUGCUGCUGAGACACCUAUUAAAAUUGGAGAACUUCUGACUCGUGGAUUAGGUACUGGUGGGAAUCCACUUUUGGGGGAACAAGCUGCGGAGGAAUCAAAAGAAGCUAUUGCUGAUGCUCUUAAAGGAUCAGAUUUGGUGUUUAUAACAGCUGGGAUGGGUGGGGGCACAGGUUCUGGUGCUGCUCCGGUUGUGGCCCAAAUAUCAAAAGAGGCAGGUUACUUGACUGUGGGUGUGGUUACCUAUCCCUUCAGCUUUGAAGGACGUAAAAGAUCCUUGCAGGCAUUUGAAGCCAUUGAAAAGCUGCAGAAAAAUGUUGAUACGCUUAUAGUGAUUCCGAAUGACCGUCUGCUUGACAUAGCAGAUGAGCAGAUGCCUCUUCAGGAUGCUUUCCGUCUUGCCGAUGAUGUUUUACGCCAAGGAGUACAGGGAAUUUCAGACAUUAUAACAAUACCUGGACUUGUUAAUGUGGAUUUUGCGGAUGUAAAAGCUGUGAUGAAGGACUCUGGUACUGCAAUGCUUGGAGUAGGUGUUUCCUCUGGUAAAAAUAGAGCAGAAGAAGCAGCAGAACAGGCUACUUUGGCUCCUUUGAUUGGAUCAUCUAUUCAGUCAGCUACUGGGGUAGUGUAUAAUAUUACUGGAGGAAAGGACAUAACCCUGCAGGAAGUGAAUAGGGUGUCUCAGGUGGUGACUAGUUUGGCUGAUCCUUCUGCUAACAUAAUAUUUGGGGCUGUUGUUGAUGAUCGCUAUACUGGGGAGAUUCAUGUGACUAUCAUUGCAACGGGCUUCUCGCAGUCAUUUCAGAAAAAGUUGCUAACAGAUCCAAGGGCUGCAAAGCUGCUUGACAAAGUGACUGAGGGCCAAGCAAGCAAGGCAAUGCCCCCUCCCCUCAAGUCCUCUGACUUACCUUCCACAGUUGAAUCUAGAGCAUCCCCUCGAAAGCUCUUUUUUUAGUUGCUUAGUUCUUUUACCUUUUUUCAUUUUUCUAAUUAUUACUAUAUUGUAGUCAUUCAGCUAUGUGAUGAUUUUGAAGCUUAUUUUAUUUAUUGAGAUAGUAUUCUCUUGGAUGUUAUUUCCUCCCGAAUAUGCUCGGUUAUUUUCAA